AUGACGAAGGGUACCUCCAGCUUUGGUAAGCGUCACAACAAGACGCACACGCUCUGCCGACGAUGCGGAAAGCGUUCUUUCCACAUCCAGAAGAGCACCUGUGCCAACUGCGGCUACCCUGCUGCUAAGACCAGAAAGUACAACUGGAGCGAAAAGGCCAAGCGCCGCAAGACCACCGGCAGCGGUCGCAUGCGUUACCUCAAGACCGUUGACCGCCGAUUCCAGAAUGGUUUCCAGACCGGUACUCCCAAGGGUGCCCGCGGCCCUACAACUGCUGCUUAA